UGAGCUCCAGUCUGCCAAAGCAAAAGUUGCUGACCUUCAGAACCAGCUCUCUUCGGCCGUGCUGCCAGCUUCGACAGAAGCCACAGCUUCUAAAGAUACACAGGCUGCACCCGACCGGUCGCUCAAGGUGGUUGCAUCUGAUCAGCUAGUAGAAGAGCUCCAACAGCGACUAGCUAAAGAGGAAAAGGAGGCCUCGGCUGAGAGCGAGGAAUGGACUAAACGUCUGCUACAGAUGGCUGAAGAACUACGCAAGUUAAAGGGCCUAGUAGCCGAACCUGAUGAAGCUACCGCCGCCGCGCUGAGUCAGAUGAGCGUCAAACUUCUGGAAGCAGAGGCAGAACUUGCUCAAAAGGACGAGGAAGCACUAAACCAAAUGGUUCAAUUGACGCGAACAGAGCUGGAGAUGCAGACGAGUGAGGAGAACGCUUCCCCCACACAGGCGCUGAUUGUUGAGGAACUGACUAAACGUUUGGAGGUCCUGGAGGCCGAACGUUGCAAGCUAGCCACUUCGCUGACUGAACGUCAGCAGGCGACCUCUUAUUUGGAGGAAUUACUAUCCCAGAAAGGCACCGAGGUAGACCAGUAUGCCGAGCGGGUCGCACAAUUGGAACUCAACCUUUCUAAUAUCCUCGCCGAUCGUGAUCGCAAGCUGGGUGAAUUGCAGGCAGCCGUCGGCAGUCAUGGAUCUUCGGAAGACAUAGCUCAGAGCAUAACAACUCUACGACGGCAAUAG